GAGACCCCGAGACCCGAGCCGCCCGGCGCCGCGGGCCGGGGCCCUGAGGAGGCCCCAGGAGAGGCAUCUUCCCGGCGGGAGUCGCCGGCGCGGGGGUGGCCGCGGCCGCACCGUUCGGAAAGGAGGACGAGGAGGAAGCGGCGCUGCCUGCCGGCCGAGAGGAAGCGCUCCACCCGGGCCCCCGACGGCGCUCGUUUAACCACAUCCGCGCCUCCGCUGGAAACGCUUACAGGCGCCUGUCACCCGUUCCCUCCAUUUUGAAAGGGAAAAAAGGCUCUCCCCCUUCCCCUACUCUUAGGACCUGGAGCCGGAGGAGCCGCGCUCAUGGCGUUCAGCCCUUGGCAGAUCCUGUCGCCAGUGCAGUGGGCGAAAUGGACCUGGUCCGCGGUGCGCGGCGGGGGCGCCGGAGAGGACGAGGCCGGAGGGCCAGAGGGCGACCCCGAGGAGGAGGACUCGCAAGCCGAGACCAAAUCCUUGAGUUUCAGCUCGGAUUCUGAAGGUAAUUUUGAGACCCCUGAAGCUGAAACACCAAUCAGAUCGCCUCUCAAGGAAUCCUGUGAUUCAUCCGUAGGAUUGGCAGGACGGGGGGCCAAAACCCAAGAAUCACAAGAAGCUGAUGAACAGCUGGUAGCAGAAGUGGUUGAAAAAUGUUCAUCUGAGACUUGUUCUAGAACCUCAGAAAAUGAGGUAGCACAGCAGGCUGUUGAUUCUUAUGCGGCCAAGGAUCUCAAAGAAGAACCUGAACAUGAGAGUAGCAAAAUUUCAGUAGUGAGGCCAUUUUCAAUAGAAACCAAGAAUUCCACGGAUAUCCCAGCAGCUCUAGGAACAAAGGCCGCUUAUGGUUGUGUGACUGUGGUCUCGGGUGAGGCUUUGCCCUCCAGCAUACCAGAAGCCAUUCCGGACAAGGCAAUGACAGAAGACACCAUGGGGGUUGCACUGGAGCCUUCCACAGAAGCUGACCUAAAGGCUGGCAGCUCCUGUCCAGAGCCUGUUCCCAGCAGAAGCAAGCUAAGAAAACCUAAACCCGUCUCUCUGAGGAAGAAGACAAUCGGCGAAUUCUUAGAAACUGAUACUACCCUGGAGGGCACACCUCUCCCCCAGGCAGCCUAUCAGUUCUGUCCCGAUGAGACAGAUGGGAACACAAAUGCUUUGCUAGGAGGUGCCAGGAUCCAGAAAUCUCCCCCUGAUAUGAAGGAAAUGCCGGGCCCUCCCAGCAGUGACACCAACGACUCAGGAGUUGAGCUGCUGGAGGAAUCAAGGCACUCAUCUCUGAAACUAGAGUUUGAUUUCACAGAAGAUGUGGAAAAUAUAGAGUCCAGGAAAGGCCUUCCAACGAAGGUUGGCAGGAAACUGGGUAGCAAACUGCCUCCCAAGGUACAGAAAGAUAGUAUUAGUAAGCUGGUGGGCGCCAAAGGCGCGGACCGGCCUACAGACCCCACUGCACAUGGUGCUCCUCCCUCCCAGGCAUCUGCUAAGCUGGAUCCCAGCCAGUGGGAUCACCACAACUUCAAUCCCUUUGGCGGCCACUCCACUCUGCAGAACUCCCCCCCUCUCUCCUCUAAGGGAUCCUACCACUUUGACGCAUCCAUGGAUCCCUUUAAACCAACUACAACGUUAGCAAGCAGUGACUUUUGUUCUCCCGCCGGUAAUCAUAUUAAUGAAAUCUUAGAGUCACCCAAGAAGGCAAAGUCGCGUUUAAUAACGAGUGGCUGUAAGGUGAAGAAAUAUGAAACACAGUCUCUUGCUUUGGAUGGCUGUUCUCAGGAUGAAGGAGCAGUGAUCGCCCAGAUUUCAGAUAUUUCUAAUAGGGAUGGCCACGCUACUGAUGAGGAGAAACUGGCGUCCACUUCAUCUGGUCAGAAAUCAUCUGGGGCCGAGGUGAAAGGUGAGCCAGAGGAAGACCUGGAGUACUUUGAAUGUUCCAAUGUUCCUGUGUCUACCAUAAAUCAUGCGUUUUCAUCCUCAGAAGCAGGCAUAGAGAAAGAGACGUGCCAGAAGAUGGAAAAAGAUGGAUCUGCCAUGACCGGACUAUUGUUGGAGUCCUCUGUGGAGAAGGCCCCUGUGUCUGUGGCCUGUGGAGGGGAGAGCCCCCUGGAUGGCAUCUGCCUCAGUGAAUCAGAUAAGACAGCCGUGCUUACCCUCAUAAGAGAAGAGAUAAUCACUAAGGAAAUUGAAGCAAAUGAAUGGAAGAAAAAAUACGAAGAAACCCGACAAGAAGUCUUGGAGAUGAGGAAAAUUGUGGCUGAAUAUGAAAAGACCAUUGCCCAAAUGAUUGAAGAUGAACAGAGGACAAGUAUGACCUCUCAGAAAAGCUUCCAGCAACUGACCAUGGAGAAGGAGCAGGCCCUGGCUGACCUUAAUUCUGUGGAAAGGUCCCUUUCUGAUCUCUUCAGGAGAUACGAGAACCUGAAAGGCGUUCUGGAAGGGUUCAAGAAGAAUGAAGAAGCCUUGAAAAAAUGUGCCCAGGAUUACUUAGCCAGAGUUAAACAAGAGGAACAGCGUUACCAGGCUCUGAAGAUCCACGCAGAAGAGAAACUAGACAAAGCCAAUGAAGAGAUCGCUCAGGUUCGAACAAAAGCAAAGGCCGAGAGUGCAGCCCUCCAUGCCGGACUCCGGAAGGAACAGAUGAAGGUGGAGUCCCUGGAAAGAGCCCUUCAGCAGAAGAACCAAGAAAUCGAGGAACUAACGAAAAUCUGCGAUGAGCUGAUUGCAAAGCUGGGGAAGACUGACUGAGUUUUCCGCCAUUAGCUCAGCAGAUCUGCAUUUGGCUGCUUUUCUCUUAACCACAGUUAUCUUGCCUUAUCCAGGAAUAAUUGUCCCUUUGCAGAGAAAAAAAAAAAAAUCUUUAAAAAAGCACAUGCCCACUGCUGCCUGUCCCGCUUUGCUGCUGACACAACAGCCCUGGAAGGAACCCGAGAGCAUCGCACGGUCCUGGGAGGAGUGGCGUCCAAGCACUGUCCACCAAUAGGUUUGGUCAGGCUGCUAAGUUUGGGGGUGUGAUUUCUCUGUCUUUAGUUCAUUUUUAAAAGUCAUCUUUUCUUUUCCAAGCAUGUUAAAUUUGGAAUUUUGUGGCUCCUCUUUGGGAUCAUCUUCUGUCCACCACCUGUCUGAAUUUUUUGGUGACCUAUUUACUUCGUCUUUUAAAUUUAGCGUUCAACAUUGGUAGUCUUAUUUGAGGGAGGAAAUAAUUUGGCCUAUUGUUACUUCUAGUUUGUAAACAAGAAGGGACUUUGAGUACCUGUUUCUACACACACAUACACACACACAUAUAUGCUUAUAUAUAUACGCUGCUGGUUUUUUCCUCUGAGGCAGAGUCAAAUAAGAGCUUCUCCACACAAGAGCGUAUUUCCAUAAAUGUAAAACCCUGUUUUGAAAUAGAGUCGUGGCCCAGCAUGCCAACCUCACACUUUGGGGAAUUGAAGGUGCAAAGACCCCAGACUCAGGUUUUAGUCUGGGGAAGACUUUUUGCCACAGUGUGUCGUUGCCCUGGUAUUUGGUUACUCCUCAGCCCUGACAAGUGCGGCCCCUUUGGGGUCAGUCUCCAGAGCAUGAAGGGCAGCACUGGCUGGACUCCCUCCAAGCUGAGGUUUGGCAAGUCUGUCCCAGAGCCGUUCUGUCUCCUCUGCUUCUGUUUGUUGCUACAAAAUCAGCAUUGACCCUUCAUCAUCUAUUUGAAAUAUGCAAAGAAAAUCUACUUGUAAAAGGCUUAGGCAGUCUCAUUGAGUUAAAAGGUAACUGUAGCCCUGCUAGCCAUUGUAAGGAGAAGAAACAGUUGGUUUUUUACAAGUGUAAUGCGUUGUUCUUUGGAUUUUUUUUUUUUUAAGACAAAAAACCCUUUCAAAACUUAGAAUGUGUAACAAAACGGGCUAUAAAAAUCAUGUGAACCACUCCAAAAAUCAGCACAUUUUGAAUAUUGUUAAACAAAGAGCAUUUGGAUCCCAGAGGAGAGGAGUGCAGGGGGCAGAACAACACUCACAAAACCAAAUUCCUGAAGCUCUUCCUGGACGUGGGUCAGAGUGAUGGGGCCAUUAACCCCAAGAUGGAAAUCUCUCCAUGUAAUGUCAGUGAACUCCCUUCCAUUUGGUAGGCAGAACCAAAUCCAUGCAGUGUUUGAAAACACUCUUUUGUCUUAAUCUUACACCCUGAAAGUCUUCAUGGUGAUAUGCACUAUAUUCAGUACAUGUAAGUUUUCGUACCUUUCCUGCAAAAACUCUUGCAUGAUCCAACUUCAGCAAUGAAUUGUGCCUAGUGGAGAACCUCUAUAGAUCUUUAAAAAUGCAUUUUUCUUUAGCAGUGUACUAUUCACAUGGGUGCGAUCUUUAGCCCCAGGAAGGUCUAUCUAAUGUCUUUUAAAGCUAGAAGUCACGUCUUAUCAAUAUGCAUUUAUCGUAAUUGGUGCUUAGGCUGUAUUUUAAAGCCUACUGUCUUAAUAUUUUGUACAAAAAAGAACAACAGAAAUGAUCUGUGGUUGGAGAAGUGACUUGACAAUCAUUUGGGCUUUGAGAGCAGUCACUGUGGUUCAGUGCGAGUACGAUACUUGUAGCCACAGUGUCCGUGAUGGACAAGUGUCUCCAGUUGGUGGAACGGAUUUCUCUUGGUCCUCCACUACUAGGGAAAUUAACUUUGCAUUUUGCAGAAAGAAACAUUGCUAAACCUUUUUGCCGCUGUGUUUUGGUCAGAUAUCCAUGUUUAUUUGUUUUAUAUUGAUCUGUUUUAAGCAUGAAAGGCUUAUAGUGGUCUCCAUUCUAAAUCCGUAGUCCUCCAUUUAGGCUUCUUAUGUAUAUAAAAAAAAGUAGCGGUGUGUGAAAACCAAAGUGACGACAAUCCUUCCCUAGCACGCUAGUGGAAGAGACCCCCCCCCCCAAAAGACCCCAGUGAAUGAGGUUGCUGCACAAGGGCCACGAAAGGGCCCUGGUUACGCAACGUCCGCCGCUGGCUUCUCAGCCAUGGCUGUUACAAGGGAAUGUUCUUCCUCCUCACUUCAUAGAUGGAUAUUCUCCAACAAGAAUAAAAAUGUAGCUUGUUCAGCUGGCAAAUCAAGAGAAUAUCCUGGGCAGAAAGAAGUAUGUUUGUUUUUCUUGAAAAAUAAGCAAAAGGAAAAAAAAAAA